ACUUCUGCUAGACCGCUAACUAGCUGGAGUUUGUUAUUCCUUCAGCAAUCGCUUCUAGAGUAGCUGUCAUUUUCUAGCUUUUCGAGGUUGACACAUCGUGUUCUUGUGGUGACCGGAGGUAGAAUUUAGCUAGAAAGAAGUCACGCAGUGUGGAACUAAACCUGGUGUAUGUGUACUAGGUACAUUUGCAACCUCGCCCAUUGGCUAGCUAAUGCUAAGCGUUAACCUUGUAAGAUAACGCUAGUGAUCUGCUAACAGUACAUAAAGUACAGUUAGCUAACUUAACCAAGCUUGCUGAGCUCAGCCCCUAACAAAUUCAUUUGAAGUGAUGCACUGAGGUGUAUCUAUUGUUGAACCAUCAGGAUGGCAGGGUCCCAGUGGGAGCUUCCUCCGGAGCUAUGUUGCCGGCCCAUGGCAUUUGUGGCUUUGACUGGCCUGGAUGUGGUAUACAAUGCUGUGCACCGGGCCAUUUGGGAUGCCUUCUGUGCCAAUCGUCGUGCUGACAGAGUCCCUAUCUCUUUCAAAGUGCUACCAGGAGACCACGAGUACCCAAAAUGUCGCACUAAGCGAACAUCAUAUGAGUGGUACAUCCCUAAAGGCAUCCUGAAAACCGGCUGGAUGAACAAACAUUUAAACCUGGUACCUGCUCUUGUAGUUCUGUUCUAUGAAUUGGACUGGGAUGACCCACAGUGGAAAGAGAAACAGUCUGAAUGUGCAACUAAAGUGGAGAUUGUUAGGACCAGUCUUCAGGGUAGAAACACCAAAGUGGCUGUGGUUUUAAUCCAGAAGAAAACUCCUCUGCCUCCAGGAGAGGACCUGGUAGCAUCAGAGAGGGCACAAGCUCUCUGUCAUGCCUGUGAUCUGUCUGGCAAGAGCCUCUUUGUUCUCCCUCACACUGACCACUUAGUGGGCUACAUUAUAAGGUUGGAGAACGCGUUCUACGAACAUGCUCAGACCUACUAUUACACUGAGAUUCGGCGUGUCAAAUCUCACAAAGAGUUCCUCAACAAGACAACCCACCAGCUGCUGUUUGUCAGGCAUCAGUUUAAAAUCGCUUUCUUCAGUGAACUGAAGCAGGACACCCAAAAUGCUCUCAAGUAUUACAGAACUGCCUACAGUCUUGUGCACGAGCUCCGAGCACAUGAGACCAACAUGUUGGAGAUCAAAACUAUGGCUGGAUUCAUCAACUACAAGAUCUGCCGCCUGUGUUUCCAGCAUAACACUCCUCUAGAUGCUAUAGCCCAAUUCCGAAAGCACAUCGACCUGUGUAAGAAGAAGAUCGGCAGCGCUGAACUAGCCUUUGAGCACUCUGCGUGGAUGUCUAAACAGUUCCAGUCAUUUGGGGAACUGUUUGAUGAAGCUAUAAAGUUGGGACUGACUGCAAUCCAGACCCAGAACCCUGGAUUUUACUACCAGCAGGCUGCGUGCUACAGUCAGGACAGGAAGCAGCUGGCACAGCAGCUCUGUCAGGCUGGUGCAAGUUACCCCUCCCCCGACCCUCUGGACACCCAAGGCGCAGGACUGGAUUUCUAUGGCCAGAGACCUUGGAGACAGGGACAACAGAGUAUUGAUCCUCCAGAUGCUGAAAAAGAGAAGACGGGGAUUCUAGCUCUGCAGAUUAAAGAGAGAGAUGUACCACAUUCUGAGCUGAUAAUAGCACUUCUCAGCAACGCUGUCGCCCAGUUUAAGAAGUACAAGUGUCCUCGAAUGAAGAGCCACCUCAUGGUGCAGAUGGGAGAGGAAUACUACCAUGCAAAAGACUACACCAAGGCGCUGAAGCUGUUGGACUAUGUGAUGUGUGACUAUCGCACAGAGCGAUGGUGGGGUCUCCUGACAGCCAUAUUGACCACAGCUCUACGCUGUGCUUAUCUGAUGGCUAGUAUUAAGGACUACGUUAUCUACUGUAUGGAGCUGCUGGGCAGAGCUUCCACCCUAAAGGAGGAGCAAAAGUCAAGGAUUGAGAAGAAUCUCAUCAAAGUCCUCAUGAACGAGGUCCCAGAUGCUGAGCCGGAGUGUGAUCCGUCUUCUGUCACUGCUGCCAGGUCUUUGUGGAAUGACCGCAUGGCUUUGGCUGGAUCGAAUGAACUAACUAUAGAAGUGCAAGACUACAUCCCAUUCAUCCAGUGUAAAGCCAAAUUCCAGUCCCCCAGUUUCCAUGUGGACCAGCCUGUCCAACUGCAGGUCUUCCUCCGAGCUGACUGCCCUCAUCCUGUGUCUUUCAGCAAGCUAGCUGUCAGCCUCAGUAACCAGGAGUAUAACCAGUGGUGUGUGGCAGAGUGGUCAGGCCAGGAGGCCAUGAGUCUGUUACCAGGAAAAACCACAUGCUACAAUUUCAGCUUUGUGGCAAAAACUGAAGAUGUUGGUAAGAAGAUAGAGAUGACGGGUAUCGAGGUGAUGUUGGGUGGCGACAGUGGUCGCUGUGUGUUUGUGAGCUGGAGAGGAGCAGGUGGAGACGCUGCGUCUGCACAUGAAGCCUUGCAGGCCAGCAGGUGUUCACGGCGUUGGGGCCGUAACAUCGAAGCACGUCAGGAGCUGGACUGGGACAGCUUGACCAUGCAGCACAGCACCAUGAUCAUCUCCAGAGUCCCAAAGAUCUCUGUUCAGCUGAGCCACCAGCCUCCUGCACUCACCAAUGAAAUGUACUGCAUCAAGCUCACUGUCCAAUCACAGGAGGAGGCCAUGGCUAAAGAUGUUAAAUUAACUGCUGGCCUCAAACCAGGUCAGGAUGCCAAUCUAGGCCAGACCACUCACGUGACACUUGACGGAUCAAAGGUUUGUGAUGACAGCGCACCUUCUUUGCUCCCCGAUGUGCCUCUCGGAGAGCUGAAACCGGGCGAAAAGUUGGAGAAACGCGUGUAUGUCAAGUGUGUAUCAACCGGACCCAGGGUCUUCUUGUUCCACGUGGCCUACGGCAUCGACACCACAGUAGAAGGACGACAGAUUAUGUGCAAGUGUCACAAGGAUGAGACGGUAACCAUAGAGACACUUGUUCCAUUUGAGGUUUCGGUCAAGUUUGUAUCCACCAAGUUUGAGCCAUUGGACCGGGUAUCAGUGGACAUUCCCUUUCUCCUAAUGACUGAUAUCCUGUCGUCAUCUCCGUGGCCUCUCCUCCUGACUUCCUCUUCUCUGCAGCUUCUUACUGUGACCAGUAACACACCGCAGCUUCAGUCACAGUUACAGGAAGUUGUUCUACAAACAGGGGAGUGUGCCAGUGAGUGUUUCUGUCUCCGAUGCCCGCCACAGACCAACAUCAAUAACACGGUGGCUACAGGACAGUACCUGAUAUCAUGGAGGAGAAACUCCUCCAGUCCAGACAGUCCUCUCAUCCAGACUAUAGUUAGUCUGCCUCAUGUGGUCCUGGAGAUGGUGCCUCUGUACAUCCACGCUGAUUUACCGUCAUUCGGGCGAGUCAGGGAGUCUCUUCCUGUGCGUUACCACAUAGAAAACAGAACGGCUCUGGUGCAGGAGGUGGAGAUGGCCGUGGAACCAUCCGAUGCCUUCAUGUUUUCUGGUCUCAAACAGGUGCGUCUCCGUAUCCUCCCCAGUUCAGAGCAGGAGAUGCUGUAUAACUACUAUCCACUGAUGGCUGGUUACCAAACACUACCACAGCUCAACAUCAGCCUGCCACGUUGCCCCAACUUCAGUACUCAAGCUCUGAAACGCUUCCUGCCCCAGCGAAUCUUCGUCAAGCCUCAGGGUCGACAGUUGGAUGACGCCUCCAUUGCUGCAGCUUGAGGAGAAAAUGAAAGUGUUUCUUGUAAAUAAAAAGAAAAAGCAGCAUUGUGUACUGCAGGUUGUUCUAGAUGUAUGAUACCACAGAGAUUGACAUUAUUGACACUAUUUGCUUAGAUCAUCUGUUGACCAAACACCAGCAAGCAUCGAGCACCGAUGAUCAUUUAACAGCUAAGAUCAUGUGUGAAUCUGAUGUGAGCUUUAUGGACAUUUGAGGAAAGUUUAAUAUAUGAAUAGGAUGUGAUGAAGAUUUGAUUAAACUGAAGUGAUCUAAACCUGCUGUGUCUACAACCGUGAAAGUGUGAGACAAUUGUACAUACUUAAAAAUGGCUACAUUAUAUCGAUAAAGUUGAGGGUCAUAAUGUUCAGAAGUGGGAAAAGGGUUAGUUGGUACUGAAAGACAGUAUAGAAAAGAUCUGUCGCUAUUGCCCAUUUUCUUUUGGUUCAUGGAUUUUAAGCACUAGUAAAGUGAUCAGGUAAUGCUAACAAUAGGGCCCGAGUCUGAGACACACAGAUACCAGCUCAUUUGUGCUUCUUAGUUCUUAAACUGUAAUCUAGAAGUGUGAGUUAACAACCUGCCAUUUAGAAAAAUGGCAGGUUGUUAACUCACCAAACAUGAGCUGUACUGUCAGCACUCAGAUUAUAACCACGCUAAAGUAAAGUGACUCCAUACUGUAGUGGUUUACACAUUUACAUAACUAGCUAAAUUUCCCUAUUUGAUCCUGGAAGGUGAUGAAAAUCACAUCUGAGCAUCUGAGGCCUGUACUAUGAAGCAGGAUUUCAGGGUUAACUCUGGGGCUAACCCUGCGCUGCAAAGCUGCUUUACUACUUACUGCUGUACAUCGCCAUGGUAACUUGUGCUUUGGAGCACGUUAUGUUCCAGAUUAAAUAUCAACAGGUAUAAAAUCACCGUCAGCUGAUAAACCAAGUUUCCAGAAAAUAUCCAUACAAUUCUUUGAAGAUCUCUGUGUGCGAAUAGUAGCAGGAGCUCAAGUUUAUUAAGUGUCUGAAGCCUUUGUGUUUCCCGAAUGAGCAUCAGUAAUAAAUACAGAUUCUUAGAUGCAACUUUAUUCCUUGCAUUUUAUUUUAUUAUAUAUUUUUUUUACCUUUUGGCU